CCCACCAGUCAGUAAGCAACCGGAUAGCAGACAUGCUAAACUGUCAGUGCUUGCAGGUUUGCCGGGAGUGCAUGGAGGAACACUGAGUUAUGACGGAGCGCAUGUUUAAAACACAACCUGUCUUCGGUAUUUGACUCGCAGAAAUCACCGAAUAAGAAAACCAAUUGAGGAGAAGCAGUUGAAAGCCAGCCGGUGUGAUAGUCAGCGUGUGGGAAUGGCAGCUCCCCGGCCGAUAAAAGGCAUCCUGAAAAACAAGAACAGCGGUACAAACGUCAAAUCGCUGCCCGACGACGUACCUCCAGAGAACACUGAACAAGCCCCGGGACUCUCGGAGGAUGAGCAACAGAAGAAAUCUCAAAAAUGGGACGAGAUGAACAUCCUGGCCACGUACCAUCCAGCUGACAAAGACUACGGCCUGAUGAAGAUAGAUGAACCCAGCACACCUUACAACAGGAUGGUUGGAGAUGAUGAUGAUGAGGGAGCACUGAGUGACUCGGACGGUCAGAGUGGACUCGCAGCGGAUGACCUGGCAUCAAAGUUGGUGGCAGCGGAGGGCUCAGAGCCUCGCUUCAUGAAAGAAGAAGAAGAAGAGGAGGAGGAAAGCAGUGAGGAGGAAGAAGAAGAACUGACUCCUGAAGAACAAGCCAAAAAGAAGCAUUUUCAGAUGAUGAGGAAGAUGCACUACAAUGAGGGCCUGAACAUCAAGCUGGCCCGCCAGCUCAUCGCCAGCGAGCUAGAAGAUGACGAAGAUGCAGAUGAAGAGAUGAGGGAUGACACAGAGGAGCCGAGGGAGGACACUGAAGAGACAGAGGAGAUCAGUGUUGACCCACCACAGGAAGCUGAGUCUCUGGACUCGUAGAUGUCGCCUCCCACCAUCAGCUCUGUGUGUCCAGACAGACAAUGCCACUGUGCUCUGCGUUUCAACACUGGGCCGUAUGGAAAACUCUGCUUCACCGCCCAUAUAACAACUCUCCAGUCAAUAACCUCCCUGGUCACCUGUCUGUCUCUACUGUUCCUCAGAACUGUGCAGUAUAACCUUCAAACAAACUGAUUUUCAACUCCAACGAUCAGUACAACACACAAGUAAAGACUGUUGCUCCCUCCUCUUCCCCCUCCUGUUGCCAAGAAUUUCCUCCUGCCAUUUCUUCUGGACUGGCGUCGCACUGAAGAAUAUGUGAUUCUGACCCUGAAAGGAGGAUCAAGGCCUUUUUUUUAAACAAAAAAUGUAAAAAACAGUUGGACUCCUGGCUGGCCACUCCACAGCUGCUCUGCCGGCCACAGAGCCAGCACGUCAGCGCUGGAGGAAGCCAGACGAAACCCCACGGCCUCACUGAAGGCAUAUCUGAGACAUGACGACGGCGCUUUUACUGGGUGCACAUCAGACGGUUUUUGGUUUCUGUUUGGCCUUGUGACCCAUCACUCUGUUGCAUUGUCCUUCCACCUUCAAUACCUGUUGUGAUAAGUCGGUCAAAAUCACGGCAAGUUUGGCUUUUGUCCACAUUCACAUCUUCAUAACAUGGUCAUUCAUGGUUAAUUCCCUGAAAAUAAGAUUAAUUCACUUCAUAUUGGCACGACUGUGUUGCAGCAGCUUAGGAAUUAUUUAUGUAGCCCACACAGCCCAAAUCUACAUUUGAUGCCUUACAACCAACAAUACUUUACUAUUAAUCUCAAACUAGGGGGUGUAUAUAAAGAACUAGGGAGACAUGUAUGACCAGGGGGAGCAAUGUCGAGGAGCCCUAAAGAUGCAUGAAUAGGAUUCAAGUGUUGAAAUCAAAGUUUUAGUCAUGCUAACAGGGCUAUCUUGCUAACUCUAGAUCAAAUUUAGCUUGGUCUUUUAGCCAUUUUUCCAGUAUUGUUAUUUUUGCUGAGUGUGAAGGGGGCUUUGAAUAUUUUGACCGAAAAAAAUUUGAGAGUCACUGCCGGUGUCUGACCAUGAUGCUCAUCUACAUAUUUUUGCUUUGGACCAGUUAUAUUACAUUUACUUUCUGUCUGUACAAACAAGGACACCACACCAAGCCUCAUUUCUGUUUCACAAACAUGUAUACCUCAUAGAACCGGACUCAGUCUUUUCCCAUUUGAAUCCACUGCUAUGAAUUGGCAUGUAGGUUGUCUAACAAGAAGCACUCUUUCACUAAAAAUAUUAGAAAUUGAUCCCCGAUUUUUCCUUCUGCACAUAAGAUGAUUUUGUGAAACAAGAUCACAGGAUGAACCAGUAAUCCAUUUGUAAAUGUUCAGAGCUGAUGUGUGUUUUAGUGGACAGAGGAGUAAAGUAACUGUAUUGGCACUUAAGGUAUUUUAGCUCUCUAAGAAAACAGGAGGGACAGUAUUGGAACCCUGCUGCUGAGGUAUAACACGUGCUACUGAUAAACAGGAGAAUUUCUCGUAGGGAAAAAACAAGCUCUCGUCUUUAAUAAGUUACAGCUUUAAGCACAGUGCUCUUAAGUAGAUCUGAUCAAGAAAAACAACAGUGCUUGUUGUGCUUAGGUAAUUCUCAUCGCAUCUGAGCUUUGCCAGACAGCAUUUGUGCAUAAGUUAUAUGCAGGAGGGUACAGUCAUCUAGUUUGUGUUGAAUUUUUCACCCUGCUUCAUAACAUUUUGUUCAAUGUUGUCUGAUCUACUAAAGUGUCUUGUACGAAGCAGCUGGGGAACGUGGUUGAAAGAGAUGUUUUUUGAUGCUACUGACUUUAAAGAAGACGUUGGAGGUGGAGUUAAACCGAGUUUAUUGGAGGUGUUUCAAAGACUUUUUUUUGGUAAAGUUUGGUGUUCCCACAAGUGUCAAGAAAGUUACUGCAUAGUUUGACUGAAGUACAGAGGAGGGGGAGACAAAACUGAUUCUGGUGCGACUUAAAUUGCACACUUGAAGCUUCCUGAGGCUUCACUACACACUGUAUGGCCUCACUUGAGUCCAGUAAACAAAAGGAGAACAGUAUGAAAUGAAAAGCAUGCGGGAUGCUUCAGUAUGUCUUGUGUUGUGAUCUCUUAAUUUUCCUCUGACCCUUUAACUCCUCACUGUGAUUGGAAGUGUUGAGCUUUGUAUUGUGGAAACACAAGUGAGCGUCGACCAACAGUAUGACUUCUGCCAAUGUCCUUUGCAGCUUUCAUUCUUGCCUGUAGUUUAGUAUUUGGUGGCGUUUUCUCUCCAUGAGGUGAAAAACUCCUUUUAAUUUAACCAUUUCCACCAACCAACGACAGAAAAUUUUUUUAAAAAUCACAGUACAGUGAGUAGAUGGAACAACUGAGCAGUUGAUUAUUUUAUUGUUUUUCAAUAAACAGGAAUGUGUCUGGAAACAGAUUUUGACGAUACUGCUGUCUUCUGUUUUGAUCACUGAAUAUAGUAAUAUUAGAAAUCAUAGAAAACAACUGCAGAGGAGUUGAGCUGAUCGAUUUAUCUUCUCACUUAAGACAAAACGUGACUGACACGAUCACCCGGUCGGUGGUUAUUACCUGUCAAAUGUGCCUCUUAUGUAUUUAUGUACAUGUAUGUAAAAUGAACAGGCUAUGCUCCAUGUUACUAUUUUGUUGCCUCAUGUGUCGCUCUUUGUUUCACACAACUUCUGCCCUGUUUGAUUGUUUUCUAAGAAUGAUAGACUGUUAAACAGCCCCAUGACUCUGUACUGUCUGUCUUAAAAGGAUGUUGAAUCCAGGUGUUUAUUGUUUUCUUCUUUUUUUUGUAUUCUCAGUUUGCAUGUCCUUAACCAUCAGAUUGUGUGUGUUCUGUUCUGUCUCCUACCAUUAAACAGACGUUGUUAGGAA